CUGACUAUAUGAUUUUUUCUUCAGGUCGUAAUAGUAAAAUUUUAUAUAUAUACUAUGCAACUAUUAAUUUUGCUUCAAUUAACCAUUUAUUUCGCACUCGUUCUAUCAAUACGACCUCGGCAAUGUCCAAAAGGAUUGAAUGAUGCAAACACACCACGAUGUGUUGCGAUGGAUGGAAUAAGCGACGUUGAGAAAAAUGAAUGUAGAUCCGCUAAGCACUGUUGCAUCGGAAGAAAUGGAUCUUGCUACGCUCUACCACGUAAAGUUGUUCCGACGAUCGAUCCAGAUAAAACAGAUGAAGAAAUGUUAUCCGAUGCAAAAGAUAUCAUGAGAUCAAUUAAGGGAAAAGCAAGAUUUUUAAAUAUUGGGCCAUUUCCUUCUGUGCUUCUUCCUUACGGAGGAGAAGAUCCGUAUCCUGGAUUUCCACAAUUACCCGCGUUUGUAUGCCACAAGAGACCUAUAUUCCCAGAUAACUGUGAUAUGGAAGACAAAAAGGCUUUGAGAUACACCAGGAAUCCUCCGCUAAAUAUUCCCUACUGUAUCAGAAUCCCUUGUGAUCCGGAUCUUCCUGAACUUGAUGAAAGCAGGACGAAGUGCAGGGAAAUGCCAGGAUGUUUUUUUGAUGUUCAACUGAGAGAUUAUAGGAAAAAGUUUGGUCACAGCGUAAUGGCGGGUGUCCCGGUAUGCCAACUUGCAAUAAGAAACAAAGUUUUUCUUGAAGAAGCGAGAAAAGUUAAAGAUAAGACUGGAGAAUGGACUCCUUAUUUGAAUGAAUGUCUCCUUGAUACCUUUGACGAAAUUAUUAGAACUAACCACGAAGGAUGCAAGACAUUAGAGAUGUUAGAAUAUUUUAAGCAUAAACCAAAAAUUGCAGGAUGGAAAGGUAUAAAAGAAUACGAUUGUUAUCUAAUUGCCGGAUGUUGGAUGAAAAAGAAAUGCUAUUAUCCGGUUGAUGUCAACAACGUAACAGUGAGCGCAUCUCCGACGGAACACGACGAUAAAAUACCAAGUGCACUUUAUUAUGGUCGACCACCUUGUCAGAAAUUCGACGAUAAAAAUGCAAAAUCAGCAAUUGAAAGUUAUCACUCUUGCCUGGUGUCCGGCUGUAAACUGGAUAAACAUGCACAAAACUCUUAUUAUAACUAUCUUUUUGAUUUUGGGAAGUCGAUGGAUCCAUCUGAUCAUUGGGUAUUUUGGCGAUUGGUGGAAAGUGGGAAAUAUGGUGCUCAUAACUUAGAUGAAUAUAAUCUUCUACCAAAGCAAGAUGUUACAGUGACUCCUUUUUCUCUCGUUUUCAAUUACCCGGCAAAACCAGGCGAAUCAAAUCUAAUUGACGAAUUACUACGUCCCGGAUCUUCAUCGCUUCUGGACAUGAUAAAAACUGGAAGUGGCCUGCAAGUACCACAAGCACAUCAAAAUAUCAGAGAUAGAUUUUUGGAGGAUUUGCAAGGCAUUCAAACUCCUUGCUCGACACAUUUACGUCGUUUGGGGCAAGACCUUGUGGCCCGCCAAGAUAUAAACCAACGGGAGUGCCAAAUCAUUGUCCCUAUCGCCCAAUUGAGGAUAAGGAUUUGAAGCCGCUAAGAGGAAGUUUCGAAGGCUGUUGCGAUAUAACGUUAUGCUAUCAUCCGAAAGAAGAAAUUCCUAACGCCAGAUCAGGCGCUGCCACAUAUUAUUCAACAUGGAGUUACUGGACUGAAUGUUCAGCA